UGUGGCUCCCUUAUCAGACUGAGCAAGCGUGAGUGUGUGUGCGUGUGUGUGCACGUGUGUGUGUGUUCUUACAGUCUUGUGUAGACCAUCCACCUGUUUUUCUCAGCUUGGGCCCUCCUCUCUGCCAGUGUGCCAGAACAGGCUGGAAGACUGGUCAGCGAACAAAACAGAUCUCCUCACUUACAGAAAAAACCACCAGGGGAACUUUAAAGUGCCGGAAGUGCCUCUAGAAGGAAAAGCUUAGAAUGAAUCCCCAGGAAGGAGACCAAUCCAUGGAAAUCUUUGGAAACGCAAUGUGGCUGACAGCAGCGGGAACAAAGCGCUUGAAAGAGGGGGCAGGCAGCUCCUAGAGGUCUCCUCUGCUGUGCCGAUCAGCACUCCUCAGGCACUAGGAAUCACUCACAGUGGUGCUCAUGGUCUGUGCUGUUUGUGUGAGCUGAGGAGAGAAGCCAGAAGCCCUACGGCAAUGGAAAAGAAGAGAGGCACGGCUCGGGUGCUCCUGGAAUGUAGUCUCAGUGACAAGUUGUGUCUUGUUCAGGGAGAGCAGUAUGCGGUGAUCAUUGUCCCCACUCUGCUGGUUGGUGUGUUCCUCAUCCUUCUUGCUGUCAUCCUGUGGCUAUUUAUAAGAGGACAAAGAUCCCAACAGCAGCGCCCUGGACGCCGAGGCAUUGCUCCCAUGCCUUCAUCUAGGGGGCUAACCCAGGAAGCACCAGGACAUGAAGGAAAAAUUGUCAUGCCACUUACGGAGACAGCAGUGGGAAGUUUCCUACGGGCUACUGCACCCUCCCUCGCUAAGCUACAGGUACCCCGGGAUCAACUCUCUGAAGUUCUGGAGCAGAUCCAUAAGGGCAGUUGUGGGAACCUUUAUCGAGCUACCAUGAUCACUGGGGACCCGCCUAGGCCCAAGAGGGUUGUGCUCAAGGCUUUGAAAGAACCAGCCGGGCUCCAGGAGGUGCAGUAUUUCGUGGGGCGAAUCCAGUUCUAUCAGUACCUGGGGAAACAUCAGAACCUGGUCCACUUAGAAGGCUGCUGCACAGAAAGGCUGCCACUCUAUAUGGUGUUGGAAGAUGUGGCCCAAGGGAACCUGCUCAGCUUUCUCUGGACCUGUCGCCGGGAUGUGAUGACCACGGAUGGUCUUCUGUAUGAUCUCACAGAAAAACAAAUCUAUCACAUUGGAAAGCAAGUCCUUCUAGCUCUGGAAUUCCUGCAAGAUAAGCAUCUGUUCCAUGGAGAUGUGGCGGCCAGAAAUAUCUUGAUCCAAAGUGAUCUGACUGCUAAGCUCUGUGGCCUGGGCUUGGCUUAUGAAGUCCAUGCUCAAGGGGCCAUCUCUGCUGCUCGAACUGUUCCGCUCAAGUGGCUCGCUCCUGAGCGGCUUCUCCUGAGAACGGCUGGCAUCAAAGGAGACAUCUGGUCAUUUGGGAUUCUGCUCUAUGAGAUGGUGACUCUAGGGGCACCACCAUAUCCUGAAGUCCCUCCUACCAGCAUUCUACAGUAUCUUCAGAGAAAGAAAAUCAUGAAGAGACCUAGUAGUUGCACACACAUCAUGUACAACAUCAUGAAAUCCUGUUGGCACUGGAGUGAGGACUCGCGGCCCUUACCCAAAGAGCUGCGCUCGCGCAUAGAAGCUGCCGCUAGAACUGCAGACGACAAGGCUGUGUUACAGGUGCCAGAGCUAGUGGUGCCGGAGCUGUACGCGGCCGUGGCUGGCAUCAGCGUAGAGAGCCUCCCCUUCUGCUACAGCAUCCUUUGAAGACUGUCAGUAGAGACACAUUUUGACAGGUGAUCACUUAUGGAAUCAAUUUCUCCAAGAAUAGAAAAUGGACUUUCUGGUGGGACACCAAGGGGAAAAAGGACACGGAUCCUGGAUCUUCCUAGAAAUCCGCAGUGAUGCUGAUGAGGUACCACACACCUUGACUUCACAAGCCAGAAACACUGUCAGCCUUGGAGCAUUGUCCAUUCCUGAAGAACCUGGGCAGAAGUGAUAUGGAUGUCCUUACAAAGGCGGUUUUAAAAAUCUGCAAUGUUGUGGCUGGGGAUUUUAGCUCAGUGGCAUACAUGCCUUCCUGCCAAGCCUGAGGUUGGGAGCUCGAUCCCCAGUACCCCCCCCCCCCAAAUCUGCAAUGUUUGUUGGUGUAGGCUCCUUCCUCCUACCCCACACUAGUUUAUUGCUGAAAAAUGUCUUUGACCAUAUUAUUACAAGGUUCAAAUGCAUUACAAUGAAGUAAAGAAACACAAACCCAAAUAAAGGAAUUGAUGAAGAAGAAAUUCAAGGUCCUGCUUGCUCAAGAGUAUAGGUAUGGAGCAAGAUCUCCUUUAAGGGGAAAUCUGGUUCCCUUUAUGCUGAAAGAACAUCAAGUCCCUUAAUCAUGGUCCUUUUGUUCAGAGCUGGAGAACUGUAAGACUUUGUUCAGAGCUGGAGACAGGUGAACCUUGUUUGGUACUAUUUUUACAAUAUUUGUGGAACUUGGAAUUGAACUCAGAGCUUUGGCAUUGGGCACAUCCUUAGCUGUUUUCGAGACACAGUCUCAUAACUUGCCCAGAAUGGGCUUGAUUUGUGAUCCUCCUGUCUCCACACACCAGUACUGUGGAACAGGCAUGUUCUCUUGCCUGGCUUAUACUACUUCUAAUUAGAUAUUGAAGGAAUCUUUUAAUGAUUAGUAACAGUCAACAUGUAUUUCUCAUCAACUUUGCUUCCUAAUCCUUGUUAAAACUUGACUCUUGUGAGUAACCAAUCAUUGAUGAAAAUACUGUUAUUAAAAAAAGAAAGAAAAUGCUGUGUGUUAAACAAGAAAUGUGGAAACCAAGUGAAAAGUCUUAGCUAAAAUGGUCAUUAACAAGAGCUAGACAAGAAUAUAAUCUGAUACGGACCAACAGCUUCUAAUUUCCAAUCACUCCUUGAUGUGAGGGGUGAUUUAAUUAAAGAGACACUUCAUUAAAUUAAUAUUUAUUGAGUGUAAGGAGGCUUUUCUGAUAUUGAACUGCCAAAAUCUCUAUAAUAGGGAGGUUAAAAAUAAAUAAAUGGAAAUUCAUGUUAAUAGAGAUUUCAGGCAUGCCUUGAGGUGUAAACUAUGUUAGGGAAAAGGAAUUCUUUAUGCAUAAAAUGGGGUCGAUGACCUGCACACAGGGUUGUUGUGGAUUUGUUGAGGAUUUGUGAGAAUACAUAUUUGUACAGUAUCUGGUGUAUAAUAAUGCAUCUGCUCAAUGAAUUUUUUCUUUUGAUCUGCCUAUCCCAGGACCAUUGAUAUCUAUUUUAUUUAAAAUAUACUGUUGUUAAGAAGACAACUUCAGUCUGACAUUGUAAAUACACCUAAGGAUGGUGGUAUGGUACAAGUAGUAUGUGGCUAAAAUCAUGAAGUCAGCUUUUAUUUUAUUUUUUUGUACUAGAGACUGGUCUCUGCAUUGAGCUACACACCUUGCUUUUUUUAAAAAAAUAGGGUCUUGCUAAAUUGACCAGGCAGCACUCGAUUUUUGAUCCUCCUGCCUCAGCCCCUCCAAGUGCCAGAAUUAUAGAAAUGUAUCACCAUGCCUAGCCUGAGGUGAAAACUUUUUGUAUGAGCUUGUAAGAGAUGAAAAUAGUCUCCUACUACUUCAAAAUAUUUAAAAUAUCACAGUGAGGAGAAUUUGUUGGAUAGAGUAAUAUGUGAUUUUAAAGGCCUUUGUAAUUAUACUAGAAGGGACACCUAAGGCUACUAUAGAAGAGAUGACUGGCAGCUACAACAGUUGCAGAAGCUGGAAUCCUGAGGGAGUCACGAUGAGUCAGUUACAUGCAGAAUGGUUCUUGCCCCUGUGGGAAUACCACAGUGAGUAGUCACGGUUUAAAUAGGUCAUGAGUGACAAGCAGGGAAAAAGCGAGUAAAGUAGCCUCAUACAAAAUAACAUGAUACAGAAUUUUAUUGUUGCCUCUUAGCUAUUCAUGUAAAUUAAAAUUUCAAAGCAUUUACUUGACUAUUUUUAAGAAAUUGAAUGUUAAAGCUCUUUGUGCCAGCACCGGGCUAAGUGUUGGAAAGAAUGAAAUAGAGGACUGCUCCUUUUGUAUGUUGGUAUUUGAUUUAGUCUGAGGGAGAAAUGUAAUAAUUGGUUAUUUUAAAUGUUUACUUCCAGUUUUAUUGGCUUUCUGUAUAUAAUUUGGAAACCUGGAUCAAGUAAUUUUUACUCUAAGAAAAUUGGAUGUUUGCCUGUUUUCCAGACUUUUUCCAAAAGAAUGAUUAUAUUUCUGAGAUUCUAUUUCUGAAAUUUUUGACUUGUCUGCAAUAUUAUAUUAUUUUUAUAAUAAUGAAUAGAAAACAAAAUUAAAUCUUUACUAUUUAAACAA